AUGUCUAUCUCAGCAACUAAGAAUAAUUUCUUAUUGCACGAAUCAUGUUCACUAAAUGAUAUUUCUGAAAGAUCACCAAAAUUAUUCUUUGAUGAUUUAUUAAUUCCAUCAUUACCACCACAAAAUAAAAAAAAUAACAAUAAAAUUUCAAAAAUUUAUUCAUAUUCAUCAAAAUCUGCACCUGCUACAAUAAUUGGUAGAACUCAUAAUACAAGUAGUAGCUCAAUUUUAAAUGAAUUUAAAAAAUCUCAACAAUUAUCAUCAUAUUUACCACCAAUUUUAAAUAAAAAUAUUAUUCAAAAAAAAUCUAAUACUGCACCUGCAUCACCACAACAUAUGACAUAUUCUGAAAAAAGUUCAUUCAUUACACCAACUUCAUCACCAAAUAGAUCAAAUUAUAAUACUGGAAAUCAAUUAUCUGCUCAAAUGAUUUUAACACGCAAUCAUUUAAAUGAUAAUAAUUUUUCAAAUAUUAAUCAUUUAAAUCAUUUCCCAUUACCAAAUGAAAAUUAUAAUAAAAUGACAAGAAAUUUAAAUUUAUUAAAUCAGUUAAAUAAAUCAAUUAUUAAUUCAACUAAAAAAAUUUCUAAUGAUCAAAAUGAAGAAUCAUUAAAUAAUUUAAAAUUACCAUCUUUAAAACAUUUAAAAUUAUUACCAAAUCCAAACAUUCAAGAAAAUUCUUAUAUUUAUCCAGAUACAUCUGAGGCAACUCCAAUUUGGAAAAGAAAUCUUGUCGCUUGGUGUCAACGUGAAUCUAGUGAUGCAUAUGACAAAAUUCAAGAUAAAAUUCGCAUUGAAAAUAAUCAAAUGAAUGAAAAAUUAGGUAAAUUUACAAGUAAUUAUAAAAAUUUAUCAGAAUCAUAUUUAAAUGAACAAACAAACUUUGAUGAUAUUCCAUCAGUAUUAAAACCAAAGGAUACUUUCCAAAAAUUGACUAAUGAAGGGUCUUCAUUAUAUAAGAUUCCUGUAACACCCCCAAUGUCCCCUAAACGUAAUUCUAUUGAAAAAAAUGAUCAUAUUAAUGAAAAUAGAAUUUCAAAUACUGAAUCUUUAAAAUUCAGUCCAUUUGUAAGUGAUAAAUUAAUUCAAUUGGUAAAGAAAGAACAAAAAAAAUUGAAUAACAACGAUAGAAGAAAUAAAAAAAAUACAAUCAACACUUCCACUGCUACGACCAAUAAUAAUAAUAAUAAUAAUAAUAAUAAUAAUAAUAAUAACAAUGGUCAUAAGAAGACAAAUAGUUUUAAAGCAUUACAAAUCAAAAAUCUAUUAGAUAAUCGCGACAUCCUUUCAAAGACUUCGAAAAAAGUUACAAAAAAGGGACGUAGCAACUCUGCUGGUAAAAAUCAUUUCUAUUCAUCAUCAACUUUGUCAUCACCAUCAAGUAUAAUCAUAGGUGCAAAAGCAAAGCAACUAGUAAUGAAAUUAGAUCAAAAUAAUAACAGUAGUUGUAAUAAUUCAUCUGAUAGUGAUAACUCAAUUGAUAAUAGUAAUAAUACUAAUACUAAUAAUAAAACGAAACAAUUAAAAAGAAAAGGUAACAAAUCAAGGUCAAGAUCAAUCUCACCGAUUAGAAGAGUCACAGGUUCAAUGACCCCACCUACACCAAAUUACCAUAAAUUUUCAGUGGAAUCACCUCCACAGAGUCCAACUCGUAGUAGUUCUUCAUCUAAUAAUACCACUACUACCACACCAACCAAACAAGUGCAUAAGUCUUCCACAACUCAUAGAAAAAAUUCUCAUCAUCAUUCUCAUACUAUCCGUAAAUGUGUUUCAUGCCAUUCUAGUGAUUCUCCAUGUUGGAGACCAUCAUGGUCUCUUAGAAAACAAGAUCAAUUAUGUAAUUCGUGUGGGUUACGUUUUAAGAAGACACAUACUAGAUGUUUAAAUGAUAGUUGUAGAAAGAUUCCAACAAAGGGUGAGUUAAAUAUUAUGAAGAGUAAUGGUAUCUUUAAGGAUUAUGUUACAGGUUUAGAAGGAGUAAGAGAAGGUUAUAGAUGCUUAUUCUGCAAUACAAUUACAGAAACGACGCAAGCAUAA